AUGACCGAGAACAAUGCGCUGCCGGCCAACAUGGACCUGGAUGCCAUCCUCCGGACGCUCGCUAGUCUACCAAAGCCUGAAGAUCAGCAAGGACAACCCCAACCGCAAGACACUUAUCUACUGCAGCAACAUAUCACAGCAGACCCACGUCUAGCUGGACGAUCAUCACAAUCUCAGUCCAUCCCGAAGCCCCAGGUCCGGUCUGCUACGCUCCUAAUCGAUCCUGCAACCAUCAUCGACUGGAAGCAAGGUCUCCGAUGCGUCAGCAAGAUCGCUGCGCAAAACCCGCAGUUUUCUGUCUCGGUGCAAAAGUUGAUCAAAGAUCAAGAGGGCAACGUUAGACAGUGGGAGGCUGGACGAAAGCGACUCAUCGAGGAACAAGUGCUGAAGAAGGAGAAUGAACAAACACACCGAGCUGCACUAUCAUUACCAGGUCUCUUGGAUAACACACCUGUACUUCGCACAACCGAGUGCGAACAGGAAGAGCUCAGACAAUAUGAAGCCAAAGUAUACCGCGCCAGCAAAGCGAUGGUCGAAUCGCAGUCUUCGUCGUUGAAGGUCCUCGGCGUGCCGUUCUUUGGCGUGCGGCAGCACCUUCUCGCAAGUGAUGACGAAGAACUUUCCACAGGUUCUGAUGGCAACCCUACAAAGGUCACCCAGAACCAGGUCUUGGAGCUCCAACGGAAGAUGUUGACCCAUCUGCUAGACUUGUAUGGCGACUAG